AUGAGCAACUACCUGGAUAGCAGCUCACAGUUAGAUGGGAACAAUUUGGAGGCUGGCCCAAGCAAUAUCAGCGCAAGACUCAAAGAUGAAAAUGAUAUCACAACAAGCGACAACAGCGUCUCUAAGGAGAUAGAAAAAUGCAUCAACAACUACAUUAGUGAUGAUACCAGUGACAAGGGCAUGGUCAACCAAUAUGGAGAGACUUGGCGGAUAGGCUCUAUUGGUUCAUGUUAUAAUGAAUUUGUUGAGGCAAGUCUGGAUGGGAUCAAUGGUAUGAUUGAUUAUACUACAAACUACAAUUUUGAGGAGGAGAGGCAGUGGACCGAGGAGCAGUGGGAUCAUUUCAUCGACCCUCCCAAAGAGAAGCUCGACCUUUCUGACCCACAAUUGCAGCUUUCUAUUCAAUUCUAUCUUAUUCUUUCACAUGCCUCCGAGGGUAUGUAUGCCAACAUGUGGAAGGUGUACAAUCUAGUCCAUCCAGCAACCCCUCUUUUGUCUUAUGAUCAAGUACGAUGA